CCGAGGUGUCGUGUCUGUUGCCCGGUCAGAGCCGUUGGCUGUUGCCCGCCCGGGCGGGGAUGCGCUGCCCGCGGUCGUGGGGCAGGGGCUGGCCGGGCCCCCGGUGCUACUCCUGGGCGUGCGCGGGCCCGGCCCGGCAUGGAGGUGGAGGAGGCCUUCGCGCUGGUGGGGCAGAUGGGGCCCUACCAGGUGUAUCUGUGCGCGCUGCUGGCCGUGCUGCUGCAGCUCUAUGUAGCCACUGAAGCAAUCCUCAUUGCGCUAGUAGGGGCGACACCUCCCUACCACUGGGACCUCGAAGAGCUCUCAGCUAAUCAAAGCCAUAGCAACCAGUCAACUAAUGAAGAGAGAGCCUUUGGGGAAUGGCUUCUGACAGCCAAUGGGAGUGAAGUUCAUAAGCACGUGCACUUCAGCAGCAGCUUCACAUCAAUAGCUUCCGAGUGGUUUUUAAUUGGGAACACAUCAUACAAAGUCAGUGUUGCCAGUUCGUUUUUCUUCAGUGGUGUCUUUGUUGGAGUGAUCUCUUUUGGCCAGCUCUCAGAUCGCUUUGGGAGGAAAAAAGUCUAUCUCACAGGUUUUGCCCUUGACAUCCUGUUUGCCAUUGCAAAUGGAUUCUCCCCCUCAUACGAGUUCUUUGCAGUCUCUCGCUUCUUGGUGGGGGUGAUGAAUGGAGGGAUGUCUCUGGUGGCCUUUGUUCUACUGAAUGAAUGUGUGGGCACUGCCUAUUGGGCAUUAGCAGGAUCGAUUGGUGGCCUGUUCUUUGCAGUGGGAAUUGCCCAGUAUGCUAUGUUAGGGUACUUCAUUCGCUCCUGGAGGACUCUGGCAGUUGUGGUUAACCUGGAGGGAACAGUAGUCUUUCUCCUCUCUCUAUUCAUUCCUGAAUCCCCCCGCUGGUUAUACUCACAAGGUCGGCUGAGAGAAGCAGAAAAUGCCCUCUAUCUCAUUGCAAAGAGGAACUGCAAGCAGAAAUGUACUUUUUCACUAAAGCUCCCAGCUGACAGGAGUCACAGAGAGACCGGCAGUUUCUUGGACCUGUUCCGAUACAAGAUCCUUUUGGGGCGCACUUUGAUCAUGAUGUUCAUCUGGUUUGUGUGCAGCUUGGUAUAUUAUGGUCUGACUCUCAAUGCAGGUGACUUAGGUGGAAGUAUUUAUGCCAAUUUGGCUCUCUCUGGGCUGAUAGAGAUACCUGCCUACCCAAUCUGUAUCUACUUGAUUAACCAAAAAUGGUUUGGCCGAAAACGGACACUGGCAGCAUUCCUGUUCCUGGGAGGUCUGGCCUGUCUUAUUGUCAUGUUUCUUCCGGAAAAGAAAGCCACAGGAGUGUUUGCAGUUGUGAACAGCCGUUCUUUGUCUUUACUGGGGAAACUGACAAUCAGUGCAGCAUUUAACAUUGUUUAUAUCUACACGUCAGAGCUUUAUCCUACAGUGAUCAGGAAUGUUGGAAUGGGUUCCUGCUCCAUGUUUUCCCGGGUUGGUGGGAUUAUUGCUCCCUUCAUCCCUUCACUGAAAUCUGUGCAGUGGUCUCUUCCAUACAUCGUGUUUGGAGUGACUGGCCUGUUGUCGGGGUUCCUGAGUUUGUUAUUGCCAGAAACACUAAACUGCCCUUUGCUAGAGACGGUAUCGGACUUGCAGGUGUGCUCAUACUGGAGACUGGGGGAUGAAGCUAUGUCAUUGCAAGCACUAGGUGGCUCCCGGUCUGCAGACAAAGAUAGCUCUGCAGGGAGUGAAAGUGAAGAUGAAGAAUUCUAUGAUGCUGAUGAAGAGACCCAAAUGAUCAAGUAACAAGAGGAAGCUUUCCUUUUUAUGCCUUUUUUUAACUUGUCCAGCCAGAUCCACCUGUAAGAAUAAAACUGGAACCGUCUGUGGGUGAAUUAUAACAGGGCAAGUGCCUCUGCCUUUCCAGCGUUGGGAGAUGAAUUCGAGUACUGUUCAGAUGCAUUACAGUGGUUUGACUGGUGACCACUGCUGAUUUUUUUUUUAUUAUUUUUUUUCUUACUCAUGAGAACCAUUCAAAUGUUUGUGGCUCAAAAUUAUGAUUGCAGGCUAGGUUUGAGGCCAAAGAUGCUGGGGAGGUAUUUGACGUAUUUCUGAAACUUGAACUUGAGAAUUGAUCCAACUUGCAGACAGACUACCGCUGCAUGUGUUCACAUUUUUCCUUCAAGGUGGGCUCAUGUUGAUUUUGAAGCAGCUGAAAUCCAUAAACUUGAAAGGUUUCAACUAGGUUUCUUCAGAUGGAUGAAAUCUAAAGAGUUAAACUGGACACACAAGGUACUACAGGCCAGUAUGAUGGGAACAAAUUCCUGAAAUCCUCUCUUAAGUUACCUACAGCACACUGGGAAGAAUGAACUAUGGAUUCUCUACCAGUUCUGCAUCCGCUCACUGGAAUGGAAUUUCAUACCUCAAGUGGUUAGGGAACACCAACAAAAGAUAGCUGUACUCAGUGUUGUUCUAGGGUGGAUGGCUAGAGGAACCAUCAGAAGUUGGAGGGACCAACUAAUAGGAAAGGGCAGAUGGACUUAAAUAAAACAGAAAUCCCCAUUAUUGCUGAUCUCUUCUCCCCCAUCUGUCUCCUCUGCCUCGCCCCUCUCAAAACUUCCUUUUUUUCCUCUUAUUUUGGUUCUUUCUCUCACAGGUUUGUCAUGACAGUCUGUAAAUCUCAGGACCGCUCUGAAUUUCUGUUGCGUAUUCUGUUUGAUUUUGUUCCUCUCAUCUUUUCUCACUUUGCCAUGUAAACUGAAGGACUUGUUUUUCCAUGGUAUAUAGUGAAUGUCUUAUGGGAGGUAAUUUUACUUAGCUAGGUUUUGCAUUAUUGUGGCUAUCCAUGAUGGUGGCUAUGGAGAAAAAUGAGAUCUGCAGUGGUACAGAGUACUGAAAUUGCCUGUCCAGGCUGCUGCUAGUGUCUUGGGGAUCAUUGCAAGAGGAUUUGAGUAUUUAUUUAAAUUUCUAUAUAUAUAGAUAAAGUUCUUUGGAAGUUUCCCUUCACCUUGCUGAGGGAGAACUGUAUUCUUUUGUUUACACUAAACUUUUUUUAAAGUAUACUGAAAUAGAAGGAUGUUGAGUGUUGAAGUUUUGCCAACUAAUAGAUGUGGCCUUUGGGUACGGAUUCAAUAUUCCUGGUUAGUGUUGACUUUAUACUCCUAGCUCUCUAUCCUCCUAGCUCUUCUAUAUCAUUUUUUGAAGUUUAUGGGAUCAUAUUUCAUAUUAAAAGUGU